UAAUCACAUUGAAGUCUUCUCAUUGAGAUCGCUCUUCUUACUACCUAUUCCUCCGCACUAUCAUUUGACGCUUGAACAAUUCUUCUUCUCUCAUCUUUCCUUUCAUUCUAGAUCGAGAAGAGUGGUUGUGUUUGUAGCAGCCAGAUUUUUCUAUAAAUCAUGGUAUUGUGCACUUUUUCCCCGCCGAAAGCCGAGGCGGAGACGCCCAGGUUCGACGCAUCCGUUCUCAGCCGGAGGGUCGACGUUCCUUGGCAGUUCGUGUGGCCGGAGGAGGAGAAGCAGACGCCGGAGGCUCAGGAGGAGCUGGUGGUGCCUUUCAUCGACCUCGCCGGUCUUCUCUCCGGCGAUUUGGCCGGAGUGGCGCGGUCGGUGGCCGCGGCGUGCGAGCGACAUGGGUUCUUCCAGGUUGUCAAUCACGGGAUCGACGCCGCGCUUCUGGAGGAGGCGCACCGCUGUGUGGAGGCCUUCUUCGGGAUGCCGCUGACGGAGAAACAGAGGGCGCAGCGGCGCCCCGGCGAGAGCUGCGGCUACGCCAGCAGCUUCACCGGCCGCUUCGCCAGCAAACUCCCCUGGAAGGAAACUCUCUCUUUCCGCUUCUCCCCCGCCGGCGACGGCAUCGUGAAGAACUACUUCGCCGCCACUUUGGGCGAAGAAUUCCGUCACUUGGGGGAGGUGUACCAGACGUACUGCGAGGCCAUGAACGGGCUGUCGCUGGAGAUAAUGGAGAUGCUGGGGAUGAGCCUGGGGGUUGGGCGGCGGCGCUUCCGCGACUUCUUCGAGGGAAACGAUUCGAUAAUGCGGCUGAAUUACUACCCGCCGUGCCAGAAGCCAGAGCUCACACUAGGCACCGGCCCCCACAGCGACCCCACCUCCCUCACCAUCCUCCACCAGGACAACGUCCAGGGCCUUCAAGUCUUCGCCGACAACCGCUGGCGCACCAUCCGCCCGUCCCCCAACGCAUUAGUCGUCAACAUCGGCGACACCUUCAUGGCUCUGUCGAACGGGCGGUGCAAGAGCUGCUUACACAGGGCGGUGGUGAACAGCGAGACGCCGAGAAAAUCCUUGGCUUUCUUCCUCUGCCCAGCCAACGACCGGGUGGUGCGGCCCCCGGCAGAGCUGGUGGACGCGGAGCACCCACGAGCAUACCCGGACUUCACCUGGCCGACCCUGCUCGAGUUCACGCAGAAGCACUACCGAUCCGACGUGAAGACUCUCGACGCCUUUACCACUUGGGUCAAUCUCCGCAUCGCCGCUGCCACUGCCGCCGCCCCGGAGUGAGAUGCAUACCGUCUUCCAUCCAUUCAUGCUGAUCUCUCUGUGUCGAGAAAAAAAAACUGCAAAAGAAGUAAUUAAAUGAAUAAUAUUACUUCAAGAACAGAAUGUACGCAUUACUUUUUUA